AUGAGACUCAUUAUCGAGUUCAAGACAUCCCUGAUUGCAAAACUGGAUGACGAAAUUAAAGAUGACGAGGUAUUGCUAACCAAUUUGGAUAGCACAGAAUCAGAAUCCAAGGAGAUAACUGAGAGAAGAGACACACUUAUUAAACGGGUAACCAAAACCAGAGAAGAUGUUAUUCAGAAGAAAAUGAAGAAAUUAAAUAGGGAAUUAGAUCUAAAGAAAUCCAUAGAUGAUAACAUUGCCCAGGCCAUUGACUCCCCAGACAAAGAGGAGGUAGAAAUUAUACAACAUACAACAGACAAGAGGCCAAACGAUGGUGAUGAGGACACAAAUGGAGCUUGGAUUGAGGUAAAUCACAAGAAAAAGAAGAGACAGGAAGACCACUAUAAACCGAUGAAUGAACACUACAGAACACAGAGGCCACAGAAUUAUUCGCAAAGGAGGCCGAGUAACAGCCACUACCCUCAUAGAAGAAAUUUCUCAUAUAACAGGAAUUAUGGACACACUCAAUAUGAGAUAGACCAGAGGCCCUACAGAGAUUAUGACAACCAUGGAUAUCAUGAAAGAAAACCACGAUACCACAAUAGAAGACAACAUGAUUACCCCUAUCGAGAGAACGAACCACGUUAUGGUAACAACAGGUCAAACUACGGACAACCUCGCCCACAGACCUACAAUUAUAGACAACCAUACUAUUACCAGGACUACAGAAGAUCACCACCCCCACCGAGGGCAACUUAUGGAAGGGAUCUACCACCAGUGGAGCAAGGUCGAGACCGUCCCACCUAUAUGGGAAAUACUCGCCCCCCCACUAACCACAGAGAAUAUAAUCAUUACACAUAUAAUGGUUAUAGGAAACAGAGCUGGAGGGAAUAUCCUCCAUACAAUCAGAACACAUCAAAGCAUGUGAGGUUGUUGAGUGACCAACGACAUCACCACAAUCUGGAGAUGGGCCAACCAAAACAGACCCCGCAAAACCAAAAAACCAAGGUGGGGCACGAUAACGGCCAAACUAGUGACUAA